ACCGCCUCUUCACCAAUUCAAAAAAAAUAUUCCCCUUUUUCUCUAUAGCGCUCCUUUUUUUUUUUUUUUUCCUUUCUAUCAUCGCACUUUAUCUUUGUUAGAGCCAUUAAAUUUCAAAAAUCGAAUUCCGAUACGAUAAUUGUUAGCUUGGAUUUCGAAACUUUUGGGCUUCAGUAAGUGAUGGAUGUUGAAGUAAAUGAUGAGUUUAGUUUAAUUGAUAUCUCAUCGGAAAAUGAUAAUCUUAUUGGAAAUUCAUCUUCCCCUAUUCCUUCUUGGAAUCUUGAUGAUUACCCUUCUUCAGGAGCUACUAAUAUUCAAGAGGAAAUGGGCAUGGCUUGUAAAGGUAACAAUGAUGAGCAGUUCUCUCAGCUACAUGAGUCAAAGGAACCUGAGAAGGCCAGAAGAAAAGGAAAGGUCAAUUUACGCAAAAGUUUAGCUUGGGAUAGUGCUUUCUUUACAGAUGCAGGUGUGCUUGAUGCCGAUGAGUUGUCCAGCAUAAUGAAGGGAGGUGAUAAACAAACUUUACCUAUGAUUGAGGAGGAUGUGCGACAAUCAGUUGAUUCAAUCUCCACGCUGGAAAGUGAUAACUUGACACUAGAACAUUUUGAAGCUGAGUUAUUUGGAGAUGUAAGAGCUUCAAUCCGGAAGGUGACCAUUCCAACUAGUGGGGAUGUAUCUGUAAAGACAGAUAAUGGAGCUAAUUCUUCUGCAAAGAAAGUGGACCUUGCUUCAAAAGAUAAGAUGAAGCCAAAACUUGCUCCAAAAAGAAUCAUUGGAGCACAAGCUGGGAUACCAAAAAGUCAGCCGAAGCAGAUUACAGGAAUACAAAGAUUGGGUAAAGGUUUGAACCACGAUAAGGCACAAGUCACACAGUCUAUCAGUAGAACUACAAGUGGAGCAGCACUAAAGCCUCCAAAGAUUAGCACAAAGUUGCAACCUCCUCCAUCCAAAAGGGCUUCUUUGGAUAUCACACGAGUCAAAACAGAUAAUGACAGCAUGAAAAGCAAUACAGCUUCUGUUAGAGGGGCUCAGACACCAAAAGCACCUGUCUUAAAUAAAGCUAGUAGGGUGUUGCCCAAACCUUCUGUGUCGAUGAAGCCAUCUUCUGUGGGAUCUUCACCUGCAAUGAAAAUGCAUUCAAAAAGAUCUUCAAGUGAUAGUUCUGGAAGUACUUCAUCUGACAAGACAGUUAAAUCUUCAAUUCCUGUAGCGAGGAGACAGGUUGAUACCAGCAAACCUAUUGCUCAACCUUCUGCAAGUGCAAAACUCAAAACCCCUUCAAAAGCUGGAGUGAAGAGUAAACUACCCUCUGAGAAUUCUGCUGUCUCAGCUUAUCUGAUGGCUUCUAAGAUCAAUGCAAGCAUAUCGCCUGCUAGUUCUAUUAGUGAGUGGUCUUCAGUAUCUUCAUCAUCUUCUGCCACCAUCAACCAAAGGUCAAGCAAGUUAAGGACUAGCUUUGACACCAGCUCCUGCAGAUCAUUUGAUAGUGACACCUCAACUUUGGAUCUGAAGAAUCAUUUAAGUGAUCAGACGUCAGAUAAGCCUGAAAUUAGGGGUACAACUAUACCUAGAGAAAGUUUAAAGCAAGCAGGCACAGUUUCUCGUCCAGCCUCUAUGAUGAAACCAACAGGAUUGCGCAUGCCAUCCCCGAAGAUGGGUUACUUUGAUGGGGUGAAAGCAGUCCGCACUCCUAAUGGUACUUAUGCCAAUUCGUCCACUGCACUGUCCAAGACUGAAACUACCAUCUGUAGUCCAAAAGUAAACUCAAACACUAAAGCUAAGAGUGUAAAAGUUCCAGUUAGGGCAAUCAGAAAGCCUGAAACUCUCAAGCACCUCUCUCCUUUAUCUUCUUCAGACAAGUCAAGUAUUUCAGAUGAUCACUCUGGCGCUCAAUCCAUUUCAGCUACUGCACUGCCCAAAACUCAAGUUACCAUCUGUAGCCCAAAAGGAAACUCAAGCACGAAAGCUAAGAGUGUAAGAGUUCCUCUUAGGGCAAACAGGAAGCCUGAAACUCUGAAGCACCUCUCUCCUGUAUCUUCUUUAGACAAGUCAAAUGUUUCAGAUAAUCACACUGGUGGUCCAAGUGAUGUUAGUCUUAUUUCUGAAGUAUCUCUUGGAGUUCAUGAUGAAAUAACCGGAAUAAAUACUUCGAAAAAUAUGGAUGUUCUGGUUGAAGAACCUGAUCCAUUUGAACAUAUCCAUAGUGCCGGUUCGGUUACUUCUUUGGUUGCAACUAAGGGUGAAAACCACGGCUUAGCAAGUGCUUUGAACAAUAAGGAAGUUGUGCCUGAAGGACCUGAUGCAGUUGAACAUGUUGCAGAUGCUAGUUUGGUUGCAGCCAAGAGUGAAAACCAAGGUAUAUCAAGUAUAUUGAACAAUGAGAAGUCAAAUGUUUCAGAUAAUCACACUGUUGGUCCAAGUGAUGUUAGUCUUAUUUCUGAAGUAUCUCUUGGAGUUCAUGAUGAAAUAACCGGAAUAAAUACUUCGAAAAAUGUGGAUGUUCUGGCUGAAGAACCUGAUCCAUUUGAACAUAUCCAGAGUGCCGGUUUGGUUACUUCUUUGGUUGCAACUAAGAGUGAAAACCAAGGCUUAGCAAGUGCUUUGAACAAUAAGGAAGUUGUGCCUGAAGGACCUGAUGCAGUUGAACAUGUUGCAGAUGCUAGUUUGGUUGCAGCCAGGAGUGAAAACCAAGGUAUAACAAGUAUUCUGAACAAUGAGAAAGUUGUAGCUGAAGGACCUGAUACAGUUGAACAUGUUGCAGAUGAUGGUUUGGUUGCAAUUAAGAUUGAAAACCAAGUCAUUUUGAACAAUGAUGCUCAUGACAUUAAGAGUGAAAACCAAGUAAUAGCAAACUCUCUGAACAAUGAGGAAGUUGUUGCGGAAGGGCCUGUAGCAGUUGAACACGUAGCAGGUGAUGCUUCGGUUGCAGUAAAGAGUGAAAAUGAAGUCAUUGUGAAGAAUGAUAUAGUUCUAUUUAAGAGUGAAAGCGAAAGCAUAGAAAGUGCUUUGAGCAAUGAGGAAGUUGUGGCUGAAGGUUGUGCUGCAAUUGAACACCAACAUGAUGGUUUGGUUGUGUUUAAAAGUGAAAAUGAAGUCAUCGUGAAGAAUAAUACAAAUGGGAUAGAGAGUGAUCACCAAAGACUAGUGGAAGUGGCCGAUGAACCUAACACCGUUGAACACAUUGCAGGUGAAAAUGAAGUAAUUGUGGAGAAUGAUACAAAUGUGAUCAAAAGUGAACACCAAAAAAUGGAGGAAGUUGUGGCUGAUGAACCUGACACAGUUGAACAUGCCGCAGGUGAUGGUUUGGUUGCAAUUAAGAGUGAAACCCCAGUCAUUGUGAACAAUGAUACAGAUGUGAUUAAGUGUGAACACAAAAGAAUAGAGGAAAUUGAGGCCGAUGAACCUGACACAGUUGAGCACGUUGCGGAUGGUGGUUUGAUUGCAAUGAAGAGUGAGAACCAAGUCAUUGGGAACAAUGGUACAGUUAUCAUUAAGAGCGAAAGCCAAACAGUAGCAAGUUCUUUGAACAAUAAGGACUUUGUCGCUGAAGGACCUGAUACAGUUGAAGAUGUUCCAGGUGAUGGUUUGGUUGCGAUUGAGAAGGAACAUCAAUGUGUUUUGAAUAAUGAUAUGGCUGCUGGUUUGGCUGCAAUUAGGAGUCAAAAACAAGUUGUUAUGGAGAAUGAAAUGAACUUGGAUACUACUGAGAAUAUGGAGUAUGAAAUGAAACUGGAUGAUACUACUGAGAAUAUGGAGAAUGAAAUGGACCUGGAUGCUAUUGAGAAUAUCGACAUCAAGGCUGUUGGGGUUACUAUUAGUGAAAACAUUAGACGAUGUCAAACAGAUUUGGACGUGCCUAACCAGAUGAAUGAGAUGAACCUGGAGGAUGAUGUAAACAGUGACUUCGGACAUACCAAGAUUGAUCAUGUUGAGAGAGAAUACGAAUCAACUUUCAGGGGUGCUGAAACAAUGCCACAGUGCCAAACAGGAGGUGAAGGUAGAGUAGAUGUCAAGGAUGAUUUCAAUACUCCUGAGAAAACAAAUGCAAAGAAAAAUGUGUGCGCAAAUCAAGUGGACCAACUAAACAAUCUGGUAGAAGAAGUCAGCAUAACCCCAUUUAGCAAUAAGGUUGAAUCACUAAUGAACAAAUUGGCCUAUUUGUCACUAAAUACACCUGAGGUAGCAGUUAGAAGGAUGCCCUUUGCUGUCAAGAAUUCUUCUGGUGGUUGUCUUGAUUUUUGUGAAGGAGCUGCCCAGGCAGUUGAGAAGACUGAUUUAGAUUUGCCUUCUAUGCAAAUCGAUCAUAAAGAGAACAACAAUUUAUGAGGAUAGCCUAGCAUGGUUCAUUGCAAGAGAUUGUUAGGCUUCAAGAACAAGGCUAGUUUCCGCGGGUGGUAAAGGCAUCACAUCUGUAUAGCACACUUGAUGAAGGCUUAUGUCGAUGCAUAUGAUUCUUGCGCGUUGAGCUAAGAUCAAGGUUUUUUUAGAACAAAUGUCUGUCCAAGUACUGAUUUAUGUAUUACCUGAAUGUAAAACCUUGACGUUUUUCUAUGUAAGAUUCUGAAUCAAUCUCAUAGAUGCAUUUAUCUUUUUGAAGUUUCUCAUUAUCCA